ACGUAGACAGGGCCAUUUACGGCAUGGGCCGUUUCCGGUCGUUUACGUUCCUCGAGAUGUGGCAGUGGUACAAGUGCCACAUAGCGGACCCCAAAGCCGGCAGCGAGCAGGAGCGGAGGAUGGCGCAGGAGGCCCACACCUCAGUCAAGCAGUGGCUGCUGAUGCGGGAGAGUGACAUCACCUCGAAGUCACUCAAACGCUUCAGACAGUAUAUACUUGACAAAGAGAACGCCACUCCUCCUGCUGCCGCCGCCGCCACUUCAAGGGCCCCUGCAGCAGCUGCCACCUCCCACGUGCCGUGGUCCGACGACGCUCCGGACGACACUGCUCUGGUGGAUGCCCUCGCCACCUUCGAGAGCCAUGGAGAGCCCAUCUCCACCAGCCAGCCUCCUGUGUCCGCCGGGGGUCCCGAACAGCCGCCGCCACUCUCCACCAACGUGCCAGCUUCUCCAGAGAAGUCUGCCAGCAAGCAGCAGAAGCCCCUGCAGAAGCCCCUGCCGUCCUCGCCGCCCUCCACCAGCAAGGCUGCCUCGACUGAGCGUCCAAAGCAGCCGAAGCAGCCGAAGCAGCAGAAGAAGUCAAAGUCCUCACAGCCCUCCUGGUGGAGGGCUGUGAGGAAGACUUUGGCUGCCUCAAAGCAGCACAAGCAGCUCCUGCUGUCCUCGCAGCCCUCCUCGCUGCCCUCCACCAGCGAGGCUGCCUCUGAGCAGCAGCCUCCUGAGCAGCAGACGCCCGUGCCGUCCACAGCGCCUGGUCAGGGACCCCCUGACGCUCGUCCCGAGGAGCCGCCAUCGACCUCACAGCCGCCGUCGACCUCACAGCCGCCGUCCACCUCACAGCCGCCGUCGACCUCACAGCUGCCGUCCACCUCACAGCCGCCGUCGACCUCACAGCCGCCGUCGACCUCACAGCCUGCGUCUGCCACCACCUUGUCACAGAGUGACUCUCCUGUAAGUGUAAAAUCACAAAAAACACAAGCAAUGUUAAUGCAUUUCACAAAAUGA